GCCUAGGUCCACCCGGGCACAGUGUCCUCGCCUUGGAGCCUCACAUCUUCCGCUAGAUCACGCUCCCUGUGUUCGAGGCAUGUGAGGCUGAUUCAGUCAGGAUGCAAAGUAAUGGGGGGAAGAAGCUGGGAUCCAGCGUUGCCAGCAGCAAGGGCCAGAGGCCAGAAGCUUUGUUUUUUCAGUGUGCCAAUUGCAAACGCCCAGGGGCACGGCUGUGGAAUUCAGGGCUCCUGCAGUGUGUCACCUGGCCGCGCUGUCCUCCCCCCUCUGGAAUCUGGAAUCCGCUCUCCUGGCAGCUGUCUCUCUUGCAGGACAUGUUGAUUUCGGGUUUAAACCACAGGCCACCCAGUUUUUGACAACUCUGAAUUGCCCACUGGAAUUUAGAAGUGGGGAGAUGGCACAUGGAUCUAGAUUUGGAGCUUCCUUUGGAGACCCGCCCUCCUACCCGCCGGAGGUACGUGCCGGAGGUACGUGAGCCGGGUAGGAGCCCGUGCUUUGCGGAGGGAGACACUCCCUGCCCAGAGGCUUGGCCUCUGAGGCACCUGCCUCAUCCUCGUGGGGGCGGGGUUUGUGACUUCCGUGAUCUCUGGUGGAUGUGAAAGCUGCAGAGGAGACAAAACAAAACAAAACAAAAAGGAAAGAGAAAGAAAAGAAACCUUUUCUUCCCCUCUCAGGGCUUGGUAUCAAGGGAUACGUGACAUCCCCUCGUGACGGAGGGGACACAGGUUGGCUAGCCCCUGCCUUCCCUGUUCACCUUGUUCCCCGGCCGGUCUCCUUUGAGUCCAUGGUGUCGCCCCCAAAGGAGGUGUUUUCUUGGCUGUACCUGUGGACGCUGUGCUGCCUCCUGCCUCCCUCAGCAGCCUUUUCCUCCCAGCCACGGCUCCCACCAGGGCCCUGCUGUCGUCUGCCCUCCACCCUCGGGCUCCUGUCCCAGUGCGAGCAACCCCUUCGGUGAGGCCUCGGGGGCUGCGCGCACACCCAGCCCUCAGAGCUGUCCAACCCCCCACUUCUUACUCCGCUGGCCCCCACCCCUGUUAACGCUCCCUCUAACCACCAUCCGCUGUGAACUGUUUCGCUUUGUAAAACGAAACUGAGUUCCUGGAGAAUUAGCUUCAGGUUUUAUAUUUUAAGCCUGUGUCUGGCAUAUAGGCAGGAUGGAGACCCUGAAAGACAAGACCCUGGAGGAGCUGGAGGCAAUGCAGAAUGACCCGGAAGCCAUUGACCGGCUGGCCCAGGAGUCCCCCGAGGUCCAGGACCUACAGCUGGAACGGGAGAUGGCGCUGGCCACCAACCGGAGCCUGGCUGAGCAGAACCUGGAGUUCCAAGGUCCCUUGGAGAUCAGCCGCUCGAACCUCUCGGACAAGUACCAGGAGCUCCGGAAGCUUGUGGAGCGGUGCCAGGAGCAGAAGGCAAAGCUGGAGAAAUUCUCUUCGGCACUACAGCCAGGGACCUUGCUAGACCUUCUGCAGAUCGAAAGCAUGAAAAUUGAAGAAGAGUCUGAGGCCAUGGCUGAGAAAUUCCUGGAGGGUGAGGUGUCCUUGGAGACGUUCCUGGAGAACUUCUCCUCCAUGAGGAUGCUGUCCCAUCUGCGCCGGGUCCGAGUAGAGAAGCUCCAGGACGUGGUGAGGAAGCCCAGAGCUUCCCAGGAGCCAGCCGGCGACGCCCUUCCUCUCCGCCCGCCUCUGCCUGCCCGCCCCGUGCCCCAGGCGACGCCGCCCGCGGCGGAAGAGCAGCCGCCCCCACCGCUGCCGCCGGCUGCGCCCUCAGGAGUGCCUCCCUACUCCUUGCCCUAUAGCCCCUCUCCCAGUUUGCCGGUGGGUCCUACUGCCCAAGGCCCGCUCCAGCCGGCCCCCUUCCCGGGGGUGCCCCCGCCCUCCCUUUCCUACGGUGGUCCCUUGGGCCCCCCGUACCCGUCAGCCCAGCCGGGACCCAGGGCUGCUGCGGGCUUCUCCUGGUCCCCGCAGAGGAGCGCGCCACCCCGGCCUGGCUAUUCUGUGCCUCCCUCUGGUGCCUCUGGGCCCGGGUACCCCUUUGCAGGGGGCCGGGCUCCCGGUCCUGGUUAUCCUCAGCAGCACCCCUACCUCUCGACAGGAGGCAAACCUCCGUACCCAACGCAGCCCCCGCUCCCGGGCUUCCCGGGCCAGCCCCAGCCCUCAGGCCCCCCUCGGCCGCCCUACCCCCCUGGGCCGGCUCCCCCCUACGGGUUUCCGUCACCUCAGGGUCCUGCUUGGCCUGGGUAUUAGACAGGGUCCUGGCCCUAGGCCCUUCCCCACUUCCACCUGUACCACACCUUUGGCCCACCUACUGCUGAGAUUCGAGGUUAAAUUGGAAGUGGAGUCGGCACUCCCCAUGGACUUGGGGGACCUGGCUGGGAGUCUACGGGCCCCUGUUGUCCCGGUUGUCACGGCACUUACUGGCGUCCCCGGAGAAGGACACGCCUCCCUCCAGUGACCGCCUUAGCCUGUCCUGUGGCAGCCAGGCUGGGAGCGCAGCGCCUCUCCGUGGCUGUCUGCAUGAGUGAGCUCUGCCUCCGUGACCGGCUGCUGUGUCUGCGCUCCGGGGCACCUGAGCCCAGUGCAGACCCGUCCCGGUGGCGUGGCAGCUGGCGGGUCCUCCGGCCCCUGCUCACCCCCUCCCCAGGGAUGUGGCAUGUUCGACGUGGUGCCUUGCACCAAGGGACGCAGCUUUUUGUGCCUCUGGUCCAUUCAAGGAUGGCCUGCCCCGACGCACCGUGGCCAGGGCUGGGUCACGGGGCGAGGACAGAGGGAAAACGCUUCAUGACUUUUAGUCACGUAAAAGCCAUAACUGAACUCUGAUGAGCUGGUGUCAGAGAAACGUGCUGCAUGCUGGUUUGAAGGGCAGCAGCAGGGCCAGCGCGGUGAGAAGACGGGAUUGUGAGGGUGGACCCGGGACCUGGCUCGCUCUGGCCAGAAAAUCUGGGGGCGGUCACCUCCAACCCUGUGGCUGGAUGGACGGGAGAAGGUAGCUCCGGCCCAGGAGAUCGUGGUCAUUGGUGGGGGGGGGUCACUCAGGAGUGGAGUGCCAGGUCACCUCCCCAGCCACCCUCCCUUCCCUGGGGCCGUCCCCGCCCCUCCACCCCUCCAGUGCCUUGAAUCUCCUUCACAGCAGCCCCCACCCCUCCCCUUCCUCUGGCUCCCUGGUGUAACUCGCCCCACCCCCAACAUCCCCCUAGGACAUCAAAACAUGCCCUCACAGUCACCUCCCAAAUGGUGCUUCCUAAAACACCAUCAGUAUGUCGCAGUCCGUUUCUCGGCACCUCUCUUGUCUUCAGAAUGUAAAGGGCCAGGGCGGUGACUCCGAGCCACACGCAGCCCCCAGCACGCUGGGGGUUUUGAGCACAAUUGGUGAUAGACACGACAACAGGCCAAAGGGGGCGUGAGGAUCAAAGCAUUAACUUGGCUGUUGCAGAUGUGAACCAGGUCUCAAGGGCAGACCCUGGAGCUGCUACCAGUUAGGGAGUCAUAUGUGCCUUGAAACGUCCACUACACGAGCACCCGGAGUCUGGCGGCCUGGGGUGCGGGGGGCCAACAAGGAAACUCGACCUUCUGGUGCCUGCCCCCCCCAGCCCGUGUGCCCCCAGUGGGUGCGCAGACGAGGCGCUCGAGCCGCGCUGUCGGUCCCUUGCCAACUGUGCUUGCUUCUCAUAAGUUAUUUAUAAAGAGAAAUCACUAAUGGACUCUACUGGUUCGAGUGCUCCGGAACUGGGUGAAUGACCGCUUGUAUGUUGUAUAAAUAAUUGCCACAGUAA